GUUCGGUAUAAUAAAUGCUUUCCUAUCAAAAUGUUGCACAAAAUUAAUAUUAGAAAGAGAAGACCAUUCCCUCACCCAGUCCCCUCUCAAGACCCAAAGACAAUAAUACAAAUCAAUAACCAGCUCCAGUUCCACAACCUUUCAAUACAUUACUCCCAACCAAUCUGUAACUUUUUUUAUCUCUAUCCCCACUCAUAGCUUACAUCCCCAGACAAUUGAAAAUGACAAAUAAUCGUAAGUUUUUGCUUCUUUCAUUUAGAAUCAAAUCCAACCCAACCCCAAAGGAUUAAUCAUAUAAGUCAAAUUACAAUUUCGAGCAAAUCAAUCCCCAAGAGCAGGUGCUUCUUGAAAAGCAAUAAUCACUCAGGGAAGAGGGUGAAGACUUAAAGUAAAGCAAUUAUCUCCUACCUAGAUCACAAUUGAGGAAGUUAUAGAAUGAGAAUUCACAACUCAAAAAAGUUAUCGACUAACUCCAAUCUGAAUUGUAUUCAGUUUACCUUCUAAUCCUUUAGAUAAUCGGUUAAAAACCAAAAGUCGAUUGAACAAGAACUCAAAGCCAAAUUCGAUUAUUAGGAAGAAAUGAUUCUUAAGUUGAAAUCCGAAGUUCGCAGAAAAUAAGAGGCUCUCCAAGAGAACCAAUAUAAGUUGGGAGACUUAGACAGAAUGUAGAAGAAGUUGGAAGAUUACAAUUACCUAACCUCUAAAUAAAAUGAACUAAACAAAUAAAUCAAAGAUCUCCAAGAUUAGGUCUCAGAUCAGAAAAGACAACUAGUCUAUCUCAAUUCUGUUGAACAUGAAAAUACCAAUUUAAAGGGAUACAUUGAAACCUACAAAUAACAAUUGAGAGAAAAGGAUCUAAGAAUUGAAUAGCAGAGAGAACAAUAGGAACAAUUGUACUCCGAUAAUAAAAAGAUGAAAACAACCUUGGAUAUGUUUAAUUUUGAACUCAAAAAACAAUAAGAAAAUUCUAAGGAUCAAUCACAUAGAGCUACCAUUCAAAUCACAGAACUCCAAGGAUAAGUGAAUUCUUUAUAGAAGACACUUGCUAAUCAAACCCAUCAGUUUGAAUUAUAAAAAUAAUAAGUCAAAUCACUAGAAAAUAAAGAGAAGGAACUUUAUAGUACUAAAACUUAACUAUUGAAAUAGGAAGAAACUAAUCAAAAUCUAAACUAAUAGAAUUUACUUUGUAAAUUAUUGAUCUAUCAUUCAAUUAGAACAACAGGAUAUAGAAAAACUAUCCAUGACCUUGAAGAAUGGCAAAUAGGAAUUUCUAAAUUAAUAAUAGAAGUUAGCCAAUGCUGAACUAGAAAUCAAGAAAUAAUCAGAUCAACUUCAACAACUGCAAAAAUAUAAGGAUCAAUUGGUCCAUUAAUGUUAAUUCCUCGAUUAAGAAUUGAAGAAGAAAUAAGGAAAUUUAGACCAAAGCAUAGCUCUAGCUCAGCAUAAAUAAAUUGAAAUGAAGACCAUCCAGGAUCAACAAUAAAAUUAACUUUAAUUCCUGGAAGGCGAAUUAUAAAAAAGAGAUUCUAUCAUUUUUACUUUAGACCAAUAAAAUUAAGCUUUAAAAACCUAACUUGAAUAAUAUUCUUAAGCUGACUCUGUCAAUAAGAAUGAGUUGAAUAGUAAUUUUGCUAAAAUGAGAGAAAUGCACAAUGAUCUAAUUUUAUAUGAAAAAUAGGUCAAUUCUUUAAAUAUGGGUAUUAGAUAAUUUAAUUUAUGUAGAAAACCAUUAAAUCAAGUUGUAAAGCUAGAUGCUGUAAGAUAGAAACAAUUAAUUGGAAUUCGAAGUUACAAAAUUAAGAGUAUGCUUCUAAUCUAUAUAGGAAUAAUCAAUCUAAUAGGACAAUAGAGUAAGAAACUUAGAGACCGAAUUACAGAGCCAAUCAUUCAAUCAAAAGCUGAACACUAUAAGAAUGCCUUACACAUCAGAUUAACUUUUUCCCAAUUAGUAACAGUUCUCUUUAUCGAAUACACCUGUGGGUUCGUUUAAUCAAUAAUUUAAUUUGUAUAAAUGA